AUGGCCGAUCAAGACGUUGCAACCAGAGCGCCCGAGAGCGACGCCCAAGAGGACUCUCCGCAACCCACCAUGACCGAGCACUGCGCCAGUGAUCGACCCACCCCUGCUGGAGAAACUCCGACCGGGGAGAUUACCAAGCUCAAUGGCGUAGACGUCUACAUCGCGAAACCCAGCGACUAUCCCCAUUCGCCCUCGAAGCUUCUCCUGCUUCUUACAGGCGGAACCGGCAUCAACUCGACAAACAACCAGCUCCAGGCGGACAAGUAUGCGAGAGAGGGGUUCCUCGUGGUAAUGCCAGACCAGUUCGAGGGCGAUCCAGCGCCGAAUGCCACCAUGCCUGCCAAUGAGCAGCCAAGCUUUAUUGAACAACUCAAGCUUGGUUUCGCCCAGACAACCAAGACUUUUAUGCUGGACAUGUGGCUUGCUCGACACACUCCCGAGAAAGUGCUCCCAACUCUACACAAAGUCAUCGAGGGUGCCAAGGAGGAGUUCGCUGAUGCCAUCGCGAAUGGCGGAGGCAUAUACGGCGUUGGGUACUGCUUCGGUGCCAGAUACAUUCUCAUCCUCGCUGGCAAGCACUCUGAUACGGUUUCCUGGGGUCAAGAAAGCAAGCCGGAAGACGUGGAAAGUGGCGUGGUGGAGAAAGGCCCUGAAAUCAAGGUUGGCGCUAUCGCUCACCCUACUGCAAUGACCAAGGAAGAACUAGCAGCUAUUACAGUCCCUGUCUCGCUGGCUCUCGUGGACAAUGACCCUGUAUUCCCAGACGAGCUCGCCACAGCCGGAAAGGAAGCGCUUGAGAAGAACGGUGUUGAGCACGAGAUCAAGACCUACUCUGGCGUCCCUCACGGCUUCGCUGUGCUUGGAGACUACGAGGACCCUAAAGUCACUUCCGAGCAACAAAUCGCCUAUGGACAAAUGCUUGGCUGGCUUCAGGCGCACUGA